GUUGGUGUAUUAUUCCGCCGAUCACGAAUCACUUCACAUUUUCUUCCUUUGCAUAGAGAUCAGAGACAUCGGCAUAGGGGCGGUAGUAAUAUCAGAGAUAGGAUUAUCGCCCUCAAAACGCGAGGAUAGGCGCAUUGGGCAGCUAAUAUUGGAUUAAUUCGCUGCGGUCGUGACUUGGGCAGCGUGAAAGAUGACGACAGACAUUAGUCUUGUGCGUUGGGACCCAAGUCAGCAGCAGGAGUUUGUGGAGGACUUCGAAUAUGACGGCGGCAACUCGUCCUCGCGGCUGUUUGAGCGCUCUCGCAUCAAGGCGCUCGCAGAUGAGCGAGAGAGUGUGCAGAAGAAAACAUUCCAGAAAUGGGUAAACUCGCACUUGGUGAGAGUAAAUGGCCGCAUCGGAGAUUUGUAUGUUGAUAUGCGAGAUGGCAAAAUGCUCAUCAAGUUACUGGAAGUGCUCUCUGGGGAGCGUUUGCCACGCCCUACAAAAGGAAAGAUGCGUAUCCACUGUCUGGAAAAUGUAGACAAAGCGCUGCAAUUCCUUCGUGAACAGCGUGUACAUCUGGAGAAUAUGGGAUCUCAUGACAUAGUCGAUGGGAACCCUCGACUCAGUCUUGGUCUUAUAUGGACUAUUAUUCUCAGAUUCCAGAUUCAGGACAUCACAAUAGAAGAGACUGAUAACAAAGAAACAAAAUCUGCAAAGGAUGCAUUGCUCUUGUGGUGUCAAAUGAAGACAGCUGGCUACCAUAAUGUAAAUGUGCGCAACUUCACCACUUCAUGGCGCGAUGGCUUGGCCUUCAACGCACUCAUUCACAAGCACAGGCCAGACCUGAUUCAGUUUGAUAAGCUAUCAAAGUCGAACGCCAUGCAUAAUCUGAACAAUGCAUUCAAUGUUGCCGAGGACAAACUAGGCCUCGCUAAACUUCUAGAUGCUGAAGAUGUUUUUGUCGAGCAGCCUGACGAAAAGUCAAUCAUCACUUAUGUGGUUACCUACUACCACUACUUCUCCAAGUUGAAGCAAGAGACAGUCCAGGGAAAGCGUAUUGGCAAGGUUGUUGGCAUCGCCAUGGACAAUGAUCGCAUGGUUCAAGAGUAUGAAAGCCUCACCAGUGACCUCUUGAAGUGGAUCGAGUCGACUAUAGACAGCCUGGGUGACAGAAAUUUCAUCAAUUCUCUUGUUGGCGUGCAGUCGCAACUUGCCCAGUUCAGCGCCUACAGAACAGUAGAAAAACCACCGAAGUUUGUGGAAAAAGGCAACUUAGAAGUGCUGCUCUUCACUUUGCAGUCUAAAAUGCGAGCCAAUAAUCAGAAGCCGUACAUUCCAAGAGAGGGCAAAAUGAUUUCCGACAUAAACAAGGCCUGGGACCGACUUGAAAAGGCAGAACACGAAAGGGAAUUGGCCCUCCGAGAGGAGCUGAUUCGGCAGGAAAAGCUCGAACAAUUGGCAGCUAGGUUCAACAGGAAGGCAAGCAUGCGUGAGACCUGGCUCAGUGAAAACCAGCGACUUGUCUCUCAAGACAACUUUGGCUUUGACCUGGCAGCUGUCGAAGCAGCAGCUAAGAAGCACGAGGCAAUUGAAACAGAUAUUUUUGCAUACGAAGAACGUGUGCAGGCUGUUGUUGCCGUCUCACAUGAGCUUGAGACAGAAAAUUAUCAUGAUAUUGAACGCAUUAACGCCAGAAAAGAAAAUGUCCUCCGUUUGUGGAACUACUUGCUUGAGUUGCUGCGUGCUCGCCGCAUGAGACUGGAGAUGUCUCUGCAAUUGCAGCAGAACUUCCAGGAAAUGAUUUACAUAUUAGAUUCUAUGGAAGAACUCAAACUGAGACUCCUGUCGGAUGACUACGGAAAGCACUUGAUGGGCGUGGAAGAUCUGCUCCAGAAGCAUGCCUUGGUGGAAGCAGACGUCAAUGUUCUUGGUGAGAGGGUCAAAGCUGUGGUGGAGAACUCGAAACGCUUCCUUGACCAGGAAGCGUUGGCCGAAGGUUACAAGCCAAGCGACCCCACCAUUGUCAUUGAACGCGUCCAGCAACUGGAGAAUGCUUUCACUGAACUUGUCCGCCUUGCUGUCGAGCGUCGCAUGCGCCUUGAGGAGAGCCGCAAACUGUGGCAGUUCUAUUGGGACAUGGCCGACGAGGAGAACUGGAUCAAGGAGAAGGAGCAGAUUGUGUCCACGGGAGACAUUGGUCAUGACCUGACGACCAUUAACCUGCUUCUGUCCAAGCACAAGGCGCUUGAAAACGAGAUCACCAGUCACGAAGGUCAGUUGGUCGCAGUUGUCAAGAUGGGCGACGAGUUGAUUAACCAGGGACACUUUGGAGCCGAUCGUAUCCAAGGACGUCUCAAUGAAAUCCAAGAAAUGUGGCAGCACCUUGUGCAGCUGUCUGCUUUCAGACGCAAGCGCCUCGAGGAAGCCGUCGAGUUCCACCAGUUCUUUGCAGAUGCAGAUGAUGUUGACAUUUGGAUGUUGGACACACUGCGUUUGGUUUCCAGUGAAGAUGCCGGAAGAGACGAGGCCAAUGUCCAGUCUUUGCUGAAGAAACACAAGGAAGUUACUGAAGAGCUCAAAAACUACGCAAGCACCAUUGAUACUUUGAAGAGCCAGGCUCAGCAGCUUGGAGAGCAAGACAGAGAUUCGCCUGUUGUUACGCAGCGUCUGGACAGCAUUGAUGGCCGCUACAAGGAGCUCUUGGAGCUGGCUAAGUUGCGAAAGCAGCGACUUUUGGAUGCUCUGUCUCUAUACAAGCUUCUCAGCGAGGCUGAUGGCGUUGAGCAAUGGGUAGGAGAGAAGAACAGGAUGUUGAACACAAUGGUGCCUGUCAAGGACAUAGAGGACGUUGAAAUCAUGAGGCACCGUUAUGAUGGCUUCGAAAAGGAGAUGAACUCAAACGCUUCACGUGUGGCUGUUGUCAACCAGCUAGCCAGGCAGCUGCUUCAUGUUGAACAUCCCAACUCCGAACAGAUAUUGGCUCGUCAGAAUGAGCUUAACCACGGAUGGGCAGAUCUGCGUGAAAAGGCAGAAAACAAGAGAGAAGAGUUGAGCUCUGCACACGGAGUGCAGACCUUCCACAUUGAGUGCCGCGAGACAAUGUUGUGGAUCGAAGACAAGAAACGCAUUCUCCAGAGCACUGACAACUUGGAGAUGGACUUGACUGGCAUCAUGACUUUACAGCGUCGCCUCUCUGGAAUGGAACGCGAUUUGGCUGCCAUCCAAGCCAAACUGAACUCUCUGGAAAUGGAGGCUCAGCACAUUGAGCAGGAGCAUCCCGAAGAGGCAGCUCUGAUUCGUGAACGUAUUGGCCAAAUCAGCCAGUCUUGGGAAGAGCUCACCCAGAUGCUUAAGGAGCGUGAUGCUAAGUUGGAGGACGCUGGUGACCUGCACAGAUUCCUGCGCGACCUUGACCACUUCCAAGCUUGGCUCACUAAGUCCCAGACUGAAAUCGCGUCUGAGGACAGUCCCUCUUCACUUGCCGAAGCUGAGAAACUGCUCAGCCAACACCAAGGCAUCCGUGAAGAGAUUGACAACUACAUCACUGAUUACACUACCAUGAUGAAGUAUGGUGAAAACAUCACAGCGGAGCCGUCCACGCAGGAUGAUCCUCAGUACAUGUUCCUGCGCGAACGACUGAAGGCAUUGAAGGAUGGUUGGGAAGAACUGCACCAGAUGUGGGAGAACAGACAAAAACACUUGUCUGAGUCUCUUAAUCUCCAGAUGUUCUUACGUGACGCCAAACAGGCUGAAGUACUUCUUUCCCAACAGGAGCACAUUCUUAGCAAGGUUGAAACGCCGACCAACUUGGAGCAAGCUGAAAGCAUGCUGAAGAGACACGAAGCCUUCAUGACAACUGUCGAGGCUAAUGAGGACAAAAUCAAUGCCGUCUGCCAGUUUGCAGGCCGUCUCUGUGAUGAGGGCCACCCAGCAGCAGACAAGAUUCAGAGCAAAGCUGAAGACAUUUCUGACAGGCGAACAGCCAACCGCCAGAAGGCCUUGGCACAGUUGGAAAAACUGCGGGACCAAUUGCUGUUGCACCAGUUCCUCCAGGACUGCGAAGAACUGGGUGAGUGGGUACAGGAGAAGAACAUCACAGCCCAGGACGAGACAUACCGCAGCGCUAAGACCGUUCAUUCUAAGUGGACAAGGCACCAGGCAUUCGAGGCUGAGAUUGGGGCCAACAAGGAGCGCCUGAGGAAAAUUCAAGAGUCUGGCCAGGAGCUGAUGAAGGAGAAGCCAGAACUUGUUGACCUGAUUCUGCCCAAGACACAAGAACUGGGCGCACAGUUCAAUGAUUUGGAAACCACCACAAAAGAAAAAGGCGAACGUCUCUUUGACGCAAAUCGUGAAGUCCUUCUGCACCAGACCUGCGAUGAUAUUGACUCGUGGAUGAACGAUCUCGAGAAACAAAUUGAAGCUGAUGACACUGGCAAUGACCUUGCGUCAGUCAACAUUCUCAUGCAAAAGCAGCAGAUGAUUGAGACACAGAUGGCCGUCAAGGCUCGCCAAGUGUCAGAACUCGAGCAGCAGACCGAGUACCUACAAAGAACAGUGCCUGAAGACAAGUUAGAUGAGAUGAAGGUGAAGAAAGCACAGGUGGAGAGCAGGUUUGAGAGGCUCAAAGCCCCUCUUGUGGAGAGACAACAGCAGCUCGAAAAGAAGAAGGAGGCGUUCCAGUUCCGCAGAGAUGUGGAGGAUGAGAAGUUGUGGAUCGCAGAAAAAAUGCCACAAGCCACUUCUUCAGACCUUGGAAAUAGCUUGUUCAACGUGCACAUGCUGAACAAGAAGAACAAAUCGUUGCGCACUGAAGUAGACAACCACGAGCCAAGAAUCCAGCUUGUGUGCAGCAACGGCCAGAAAUUGAUUGAUGAGGGCCACGCUGAUGGAGAUGAGUUCAAUGAACUCAUCAAGGAGUUGAUUGCCCGCUGGCAGGAGCUGCGAGAUGCAGUCGAGGAGCGCAGAAUGAAGCUGUUGCAAUCGGAACGUGUGCAGCAAUACUUCUUUGAUGCCAGUGAGGCCGAGGCCUGGAUGAGCGAACAGGAGCUCUACAUGAUGGUUGACGACAGGGGCAAGGAUGAGAUUUCUGCCCAGAAUCUCAUGAAGAAGCAUGACACCCUUGAAGUGACUGUCGAAGAUUACGCCAACACAAUCAGACAACUUGGAGAAACUGCCAGGCAGCUAACCAGUGAAAGCCGUGAGGAUAGCGACCAAAUUGCGCUGAAGCAGUCUCAAGUAGAGAAGCUCUAUGCUGGCCUCAAAGAUCUGGCAGGUGAACGAAGAGCUAAGUUGGAUGAAGCCUUGCAGCUGUUCAUGCUCAGCAGAGAAGUUGAUGACUUGGAGCAAUGGAUAGCUGACCGUGAAGUUGUUGCGGGUAGCCACGAGCUGGGUACCGAUUACGACCAUGUUACUCUUCUGUGGGAGAGGUUCAAGGAGUUCUCUCGUGACACAGAGACCAUCGGCUCGGAUCGCGUCCAAUCCGUCAAUGGAAUAGCUGACAGCCUUAUCAACUCCGGACACUCGGACAGUGCUACAAUUGCCGAGUGGAAGGAUGGUUUGAAUGAAGCUUGGCAAGACUUGCUUGAGUUGAUCGAAACGCGCACCCAAAUGCUGGUUGCCUCUCGAGAGCUGCACAAAUUCUUCCACGACUGCAAGGAUGUGCUCGGGCGAUGCCUAGAAAAGCAGCACGCAAUUUCCGACGAGCUUGGCCGCGAUGCUGGCUCAGUGUCUACCUUGCAGCGCAAACAUCAAAACUUCAAACAAGACCUGCUCUCCCUACAGACGCAAGUGCAAUCCAUCCAGGAAGACUCUGCCCGUCUGCAGGCCUCCUAUGCCGGUGACAAAGCCAAGGAGAUCACCAACAGAGAAGCAGAAGUUGUCAGCGCAUGGACUGCCCUUCAGAACAUGUGCGAAGCUCGCAACCAGAAGCUGGCUGACACAGGCGACCUCUUUAAAUUCUUCAACAUGGUGCGCAUUCUGAUGCUCUGGAUGGACGAUGUCAUCAGACAAAUGAACACAUCAGAAAAAGCAAGAGAUGUGAGCGGAGUUGAAUUGCUGAUGAACAACCACCAGAGUCUGAAAGCAGAAGUUGAUGCAAGGGAGGAUAACUUCACUGCCUGUAUUUCGCUUGGAAAGGAACUUAUGGAAAGAAACCAUUAUGCUUCCAAUGAGAUCAAAGAGAAGCUUCUGCUUCUUUCAAGCCAGAGAAACUCUUUGCUGAGCAGAUGGGAGGAGCGCUGGGAGAAUCUGCAACUGAUCUUGGAAGUGUAUCAGUUUGCUCGUGACGCAGCUGUUGCAGAAGGUUGGCUACUUGCACAAGAACCCUAUUUGCUAAGCCAAGAACUGGGGCAUUCAAUCGACGACGUGGAGAAUCUUAUCAAAAAGCACGAGGCCUUUGAGAAGUCUGCUACUGCACAAGAGGAACGGUUUAGUGCUCUUGAGAGGCUAACCACGUUUGAACUGAGAGAAUUAAAAAAGCGACAGGAGCAAGCCGAGGAAGAACAGAGAAAGCAGGAACAAGCCGUACCAGCACCCCGCUCUCCAGAAGGGGUGGAAAUUGAAAGCCGACGCGAUAGCAAGCAAGCCUCAGAGGGAGAGCACAAUGUUAACGGCGACAAGGGUGAUGGCGCAGAUGUUCCGAUCUCACCGUCCAAGAGAACCAAGGAGUCAGCUCGCUCGAAAUCACCCUUCCGAAGUUUCCGUUGGAAGAAAGCUAAGUACCCUGCAACCCCUUUUCCAGCUCUCCAGAGAAGCGCCAGCGACGAUGAAUCCAACUUUGAGCACUUCAAAGAAGGUCAAGGUGCCGACCGAGACGCUUUCGAAGGACUCCUGGUGCGCAAGCACGAGUGGGAGAACACAACUAAAAAGGCCGCAAAUAGGUCAUGGGACAAGGUUUUCGCUGUACUCCGUGGGCCGCAGCUUUUGUUCUACAAAGACCAGAAGAGUGCAAAGGCCACGCCUGACAUCUACUUCAAAGGGGAAGUGCCUCUGGACCUAAGCGGUGGAUCCUGUGAGAUUGCUAAUGACUACACCAAAAAGAAGCAUGUAUUCAGAGUGAAGAUCGUGGGAGGAGCUGAGCUACUGUUCCAAGCCAAGGACGAUGAAGAAAUGAACGCUUGGGUCGCACACGUAAAGGACCAGUGCGAAGCUGGCAGCCCAGCAGGCCCAUCCAAAUCCCAAACCUUGCCUGCUGGUGAGCGUAAAGAUGAACCGAAGAAGAGGAGUUUCUUUACGUUAAAAAAGAACUAAGCUUUUAGGCAGCUACAGUCUGGUUAAACGACCACCUCGGUAAAAUCCUCCUGUCAGCAAUAUCACUAUUUUAGUCAUUUAACACGUAUUCUAACAGAAAUUAGUUAGCGUAGUAAUAAAAAGCACCUGUGCAGAUUCGAUCAUUCAUAGUAAACUUUCAUUGUGAAUUUCAAACAGAAGGUGACUGCUGACUCUAGCACCAGAUUCGAAGCAUUACCUAUAAAUAUAUAUAUAUUUAAAAAGCAAAGUUUUUUUUCUUCAAGGAACGUUUUUGCAGCUUCAAUUUUGGAGCAAAUUUGCAUUUUAUCAAAGUUUGAAACAGACCUUAUGCACGAUUCUCAACGAAGGGACCGAAACCCUUGAAAUGUUGAAGAGAAUUUCGCUUCGAUUGUUGGAAAUCACGCAAAAAGACUAUUUUCGGAAAAAAAGAAGUAUUGUUCGCAUAUUAUUCUAAAUAGAGCUAUGAUAAUGAACAAGAUCGGACUUUGUUGACGAGAUAUUAAAUACCCCAUGCAGUGGCAAUUUGAAAAAAGAGAACUUGAAACUAUAUUUAUUAUUUAUUCGAUUCUCUAUCCUGGCUAUUGCAUAUUAACAGUCGCGCCUAUUCCCUGACGGAAAAGUUCUUCUAACAUAUAAGAUUAAAUUUUUUUAGUUUUUUUGUUUUUGUGACCUCAAGUGAAUGCUUAACCAAAAUUUGGUGCCACAGAAUAGAAGCAUUUUAUGUUGUGUGUGGCUUUGGCGUAGUGAUAAAUUGAUGAGCGUAAUUUAUGUUUCUCCUCAUUAAGAUUUUAACGUUUCAUAUUCACGCUGUUUAAACUUGUUGUAGUGUUGAUGAAGCUUCAAGAAAAUUUCUCCUGGGUGGAUUAUUUUAUGCUUGUAUUCUUAAGAAUAUCAAUAAAGUCAUUAUAUGCAGAA